UGAUGUAAAAAGAAAGGUGUAUCAUUGCGCAUAGCGGCGGCGGCACGAUGAGCGAGCCAAUGAAAUUUGGGUCCAAAUGCACAUAGCUACUGCAAGAAAGGUGUAUCAUUGCGCAUAGCGGCGGCGCACGAUGAGCGAGCCAAUGAAAUUUGGGUCCAAAUGCACAUGACUACUGCGCAUACACGAUGUUGUUACACCUUUCUUUUUACAUCAUGACGUAUACUACACAUUUUCAGUACGGACAGUGAAUAUCGGAACGCAACAUAUAUAUAUGGUUCUCUGGAAAGUUUCGCAAUAAGCUUCACACCAUUUACCAUUUGACAAAAUGUCACCCGAGAUUUCUUAAACCCUUCUCUUCUCUUUUUUAAUAUAAACGUUGGACCAAAAUAAGAACAAAAUUAUGGCAGUUGUAGGAAUCAAUGGAUUUGGAAGAAUAGGAAGAAUGUGUCUUCGCGCAUGUCUCGAGAAACGUAUUGAGGUAAAAUUAAUCAACGAUCCAUUCCUCACUACGGAAUACAUGAUAUACCUUUUUAAACACGACUCUACUCACGGGCCGCAUCCUUUAUCCCUGGAGUGCGACAACGAGUUUAUAGUUUGUGGUGAGACAAGAAUCGCCACGUCGCAUGAAAAGCAACCGUGGAAAAUACCAUGGAAGAAUAAGGGAGUGACGUACGUAAUAGAAGCUAGCGGAGCAUUCACUGCACUGGAGAAAGCAAGCUUGCACAUGGACGGCGGCGCGAAACGAGUUAUUAUCACGGCACCGUCGGUCGACGCGCCGAUGCUCGUCUUCGGAGUCAAUCACACUUGUUACAAUCCCAAGAGAGACGGCGUCAUUUCCGCCACAUCCUGCACCACAAACUGCGCAGCUCCGAUCGUCAAAAUAAUGCACGACAACUUCGAGGUUCUCGAGGCGAUGAUCACCAGCAUACACGCGGUGACAGCGUCCCAAAAUACCGUGGACGGUCCGAUAGAGAAGCUUCGACCUACCACACUGUGGAGAGACGGUAGAGGCGCUCUCCAGAAUAUCAUUCCCACCGCGACCGGCGCGGCCAAGUCGUUAGCCAAAAUUAUCCCCGAGCUGAAAGGCAAGAUUUCAGCCAUAGCGUUCAGGGUGCCGAUCCCCAACGUUUCAUUAUGCGACAUGACAUUCAGGGUCAAUAAACCGACGACGUACGAGGAUGUGAAAGAGAUGAUGAGGGAAGCGGCCGAGGGACAGCUGAGAGACGUGCUGGGAUACACGGAGGACGAUUGUGUGUCGUCAGACUUCAACCAUACGACUUAUUCUUGCGUGUUCGACGCCAAGGCCGGCAUUCCGCAGACCAGCACUUUCAUCAAGAUCGUCGCUUGGUACGACAACGAAUAUGGUUAUGCGUAUCGUAUAGCCGAUUUGGUUCAAUACAUGUACAACGCCGAUUCCGGUAAUGUUCCUGUAACUGGACAAGUUCUCGAGCAUGGCGAUGAUUAGGAGCAACUUGCCAAAGUUAGAACCUAAACUUUUGAACACGCAAUUGUAUUCCAUUCUAAAUUCUCACGAAUGCACAUCUUACCCAGUAAACACCGAAGUAUCAAUUACAUUGCAUUUAUGUUACAAUUUCUCACUCGACAAUGUAAAUGUAAUGUAACACAUAUGUUAAAUUGUAAUGUAAAUGCAAUGUAACUGAUGCUCGGUGUUCUCUGGGUUAUCAUUUUUAUGCAACUAUAGUAUCAAAAGUUGUCAAAUUAAAAAAAUAAAUAAAUGUAACAGUAU